AUGGUUGCCGGACAAUACUUCCUCGUUGGCCUCCUCGCCCUCGGCCAAAGCGCCCUCGGUCUCCCCUCAAGCUCCAGCUCCGGCGCAAGCGGAAUCCUCUCCAGCAUCGACACCAUCAACUCUGGUGUGAGCGCGAUCAACUCAACCCUGAGCACAUUCUCCGACAAUUCUGAUGUCACUUCAACCGCUUUGAAGAUCCAGUCCGAGGCUACUGACCUCCUGGAUGAUAUCAACAAGGGAGCUCAAGUUGCUGAGAAUGUUGAUACUCUUGAUUCGGAUGAUCAGGACAAGCUUUACUCGGCUACUGUUUCUCUGUCCGACAAUGUCUUUUCCUUGCUUGAUGGGCUUGUCGACAAGCAGGAUGUCUUCAAGAAGGCUGUUCUUGGUGGCUCCGCUGAUGGGCUUGUUGAAAAGGACCUUGAGAACUUGAAGAAGGCUACCGAUACAUUUGGUCAGGCUAUCAUCAAGACUCUGACUGGUACGGUCAAGGACAAGGGACCUGCUAUUCUAGAGAGCAUUGAUACGCAUUUUGAUACUGCUAUUAAGGCUUUCUCUUCUUAG